GAACAGUACAUUGUAGGGACUCAAAGCUCUCAUUUCCUUCUCUGGCAUGAAGCCUAACUCUCCGAAGAAGAGAGACCCAGCAUGGAUGUGAAGAAGCAUGAGCCCCCUUCCCUACUUCUCUUCCCCACUAGCAGGAGUAGCCUCUGUCUGCCUCCCAGCCAGGACCCAGUCCCUGGAAAUUCUGAUUUCACCUGCUCUUCUGCCGCUGUAAUCUGAAUUGGGCCUCUUCACCUUUCCAAGCCUCAGCUUCUGCAUCUAUAAAAUGGCUGUAAGGAGGCUGGGUCUGUGCCAUCCUCCUACAUUUGUAGGAACCAAGAAGGGUAAAAAUCCAUGAGUGUUUUGUAGGGUGUAAGUUGUACUUGAUUUAUUGAGAUUAUUUCUUCUGGAGCCACAGAAGGAUCUUGAGACCUGGCCUCUCCUUAGAAGGGUUGACUUCCUCUGUUCCCAACUUGGGAAACUAUUCCCAAGUGAGGGUGGGAAUUGCCCCAAGGCCUUCUACCACUGCCUUGCCCUGGGAGGAAAGGGUAGGGGCCUCAGAAUGUGAUGCUUAUUGCCAAGAGACAAAAACCCAGUUUAACACCCGAAGCCUGCCAUGUACUUUACACCUCUAUGGCCCAGAUCCAAGGUGUCCCUUGGGUGGGCAGCGUCUAAUCCUCUGGGAAUUUGGGCAGUAGGAGAGGCAGCUGCUACUCCCACCACUCUCAGCCCUUCUUCCCAGUUUUCUGCUAAGUGUACGGGGUGAGGAGGCACAUGCCUCCAUGCCUGGCCAGUUUUUUAAAAUUUUUUUGUAGAGAUGGGGGGGGUCUCACCAUGUUGCAUAGUCUGGCCUUGAACUCUUGGCUUCAAGCGAUCCUCCCAAAGUGCUGAGAUUACAGGCACCAGCUACCCUGCCUGGCCCAGGCUGUCUUAGACAUGCUGGGCACCCUGAGUGGACCUGGCCCUGAAACUGCCCCCAGGGGUGACCCUAGUCCUGGUGGCAGACAGGCAAGGGUUAAAAGGUGUGGGCCGGCCUAGUUCCUGGCCAGGUAGGCUGGGCCAUUACCUAGUGGGAGGUGGCCAAGGCAUCUGCCACUGCUGCUCACUGCCACUACCAGCCGGAGCCAGGGCCUGGUCGAGACAACUAUUUUUGAGGUAUCUGAGGCUACCCCACAGCACUCUCUGGCAUUGGCAAGACUCGUGGCUGUGACCCAUGGGCCUCUGAGGAGGCGUUGUAAGUCCGCCCAGCUCCCCACUUGCUGUGCUCCCACUCAAUGCGAAGGGAACCAGGGCCAAGGUACCAGGGCCAAGUGGGUCCAGACAUCCACACGGAUUCUGAAAGGGCAGGUCAAGCAGACUUUGUCCAGCUGUCAGCCACGGCCUCUCUACAGCACCAAGAUGGAAGUCAAAGGUCAGCUGAUCAGCUCUCCUACCUUCAAUGCCCCAGCUGCCCUGUUCGGAGAGGCUGCCCCCCAGGUGAAGUCAGAGCGUCUGCGGGGGCUGCUUGACCGGCAGCGGACCCUGCAGGAGGCCCUGAACCUGAAACUUCAGGAGCUCCGCAAAGUGUGUCUCCAGGAGGCGGAGCUGACUGGCCAGCUGCCCCCUGAGUGCCCACUAGAGCCUGGUGAACGGCCCCAGUUGGUCCGCCGGCGGCCCCCCACCGCCCGUGCCUACCCUCCACCGCACCCCAACCAAGCACACCACUCCUUGUGCCCUGCUGAGGAGCUGGCUCUGGAGGCCCUGGAACGUGAGGUGUCAGUGCAGCAGCAGAUCGCGGCAGCCGCCCGUCGCCUGGCCCUGGCCCCUGAUCUGAGCACCGAGCAGCGCCGGCGCCGUCGCCAGGUCCAGGCAGACGCACUGAGGAGGCUGCACGAGCUAGAGGAGCAGCUCGGGGAUGUCCGGGCCCGCCUUGGCCUCCCAGUGCUCCCGCUGCCCCAGCCACUGCCACUGUCCACGGGGUCAGUGAUCACCGCCCAGGGAGUCUGCCUGGGCAUGCGCCUCACUCAGCUCAGCCAAGAGGACGUAGUUCUGCACUCAGAGAGCAGCUCCCUCUCAGAGUCUGGGGCCAGCCAUGACAACGAGGAGCCCCAUGGCUGUUUCUCUCUGGCUGAGCGCCCCUCACCACCCAAGGCUUGGGACCAGCUGCGGGCAGUAUCCGGGGGGAGCCCUGAGCGGCGAACCCCAUGGAAACCACCCCCAUCAGAUCUUUACGGGGAUCUGAAGAGCCGACGGAACUCUGUGGCCAGCCCCACCAGCCCCACACGCUCGCUGCCCAGGAGUGCCUCCAGUUUUGAGGGGCGAAGUGUGCCUGCCACCCCAGUCCUCACCCGGGGCGCUGGCCCCCAGCUCUGCAAACCUGAAGGCCUUCAUUCUCGUCAGUGGUCCGGCAGCCAGGACUCCCAGAUGGGCUUCCCCCGGGCGGACCCUGCCUCCGAUCGCGCCUCCCUCUUCGUAGCUCGCACCCGCCGCAGCAACAGCUCUGAGGCCCUGCUGGUGGACCGGGCUGCUGGUGGGGGAGCUGGCUCCCCGCCCACCCCUCUGGCUCCCUCUGCCUCUGGCCCCCCAGUCUGCAAGAGCAGUGAGGUGCUGUAUGAGCGCCCCCAACCAACCUCUGCCUUCUCCUCCCGCACAGCAGGCCCCCCAGACCCUCCCCGGGCCGCCCGGCCUAGCUCAGCUGCCCCUGCCUCCCGAGGUGCCCCCCGGCUCCCACCUGUGUGUGGGGACUUCCUCUUGGACUACUCCUUGGACCGGGGUCUGCCCCGCAGUGGUGGUGGAGCAGGCUGGGGGGAGCUGCUGCCUGCAGCUGAGGUCCCAGGACCCCUCUCCCGCCGGGAUGGGCUCCUCACCAUGCUCCCCGGCCCACCACCUGUGUAUGCAGCUGACAGCAACAGCCCCCUCCUCCGCACCAAGGACCCCCACACCCGUGCCACCCGCACCAAGCCCUGUGGCCUGCCCCCAGAGGUUGCCGAGGGUCCUGAGGUGCAUCCAAACCCUCUGCUGUGGAUGCCUCCACCCACCCGUAUCCCCUCGGCUGGUGAACGCAGUGGCCACAAGAACCUGGCUCUGGAGGGGCUGCGGGACUGGUACAUCCGGAACUCGGGACUGGCCGCGGGGCCCCAGCGCCGGCCUGUGCUCCCUUCCGUGGGCCCGCCACACCCACCCUUCCUCCAUGCCCGCUGCUAUGAGGUGGGCCAGGCGCUGUACGGGGCCCCCAGCCAGGCGCCACUCCCACACUCGAGGAGUUUCACGGCGCCCCCUGUCUCUGGCAGGUAUGGGGGGUGCUUUUACUGAUGGGUAGGGGUCUCUUAAGGCAGAUGGCGAAGAUAUCCAGGCCAGGGAGUGGCUAGUCAUGAUAGCUAAUGAAUUGGACCAUGAGGAAACUAGCUGCCGUGAUGGCACAGGGUCACUACUGCACAUGACCUGCAUUAGUCCAUGGGGUCCUGGUGGAGGGGAUCUUGGGCACUGGUAGCAGCAGUUCUUUAUCAAGUUAUAGGCUGAAGAUGAGCCUUGAAGCCAGGGUGCUGGGAGGAAGGGACAUCUCAUGCCCCUCGCCGUUUUCUUCCUUGUUUCUCCAUGCCCUGGAGCCUGAAAGUGCUGUCCUGUGCCUGCCUCCACCUCUUUAACGAGUCUCUUUUCCUUUCUUUUUAUGUGUCUUGUCUGUCUUUUCCUCUUCUUGUCUUCCCCGCCCUGUCCUCCGGAUUCCUGCUACCCCUUCUAAAGAUACUACGCGGACUUCCUGUAUCCCCCGGAGCUGAGCGCUCGUUUAAGUGACCUGACGCUAGAGGGGGAGCAGUCCUCCAGUUCUGACACCCAGACCCCGGGGACACUGGUCUGACCCCUUCUGAUAUGUCCCUUCUUGGCUUGGGCACGAUUCCAAUCUGGGGAGCACAUAGCUGACCUCGCUGGGCCCUGGGGUGUGGUUGCUCUCAGUCCUGAAUGCAGUGCGCCAACCUAAUCUUCCAAGGCCCCUGGCUCCCCGUAGGCCCAGGAAGGUGUCUGACACCCUGCUUCUUCUCUCACACUGUGCUGGGGACUGGGGGCCCUCAGCCAGCUUAAAAGAGAGAGGAUAAUGUCAUGGGGACCCCAAGCCCCUUCAUCCAUUUAUGUUUACAGUUGUGACUUAGGUAUUCAUUGUCUUCCUCCAACACUAGGCGUUUUAUAAAAGGGAAACUUGAUCUCCUCUGGUUGGGUUCAUUCCUGUUCCCAUGCCCAACCGGGUUCCAUUCAGUAACCCCCUCCAUAAAAUGGACCAUAUCGGGUCUCAGGGCCAUUUAGGGCAGCCAGGAGACUCCGGUGUGAACAGAAAUCCCUGCCACGCAUCGCCAGGGCAGUUGUUGGGGCAUUGGGCUCUCUGCCCACGCUUGGAAGGACUGCAUUCUGGGUGGGAUGCCUGAAGGAGUCCAACCCCGUCUGUGCCCACGGCCUCUGCCCUGACCACCCCCAGUAAGGAGGCCCCACAGGAGGGGCAAAGGGCAGAGCCAUCAGGUGUGCCGUGUCCUGGGAUCCUAUGGGGGUUGAACCUGGCAUCUACCAGACCUGGCACCGGUAGAUGCCAGUAAAAUCCUCAGGUGAGGUCUGGCUACAGGCUGCGGGCCACAGGCCGCUCACCACUCACACCUUCCUUGGCUUUCCUUCCAUCCACCCCCCCUUUUUUUUUCUUUUCCUCGAGACGGAGUCUUGCUCUGUCACCAGGCUGGAGUGCAGUGGCACAAUCUCAGCUCGCUGCAACCUCCGCCUCCUGGGUUCUCCUGCCUCACCCUCCUGAGUAGCUGGGAUUACAGGCACACGCCACCACACCCAGCUAAUUUUUGUAUUCUUAGUAGAGACAAAGUUUCACCAUAUUGGCCAGGUUGGUCUUGAACUCUUGACCUCACGAUCUGCCCACCUUGGCCUCCCAAAGCACUGGGAUUACAGCCGUGAACCACUGCACCCAGCCCCCAUCCACCACUUUUUAAGCAAACCCACACAAAUUGUGUUUUCUAUGAUACCUGUCUGUGACUUUCGGAGCUGGGGGUUCCCCUACCCCCUUUUCCUGGUGUUAAACUUUUCUUUUUAUACCAGUGGAUCUGGGCCCAAGACAUUAUCCACACUGGAAGGGGAUUUGUAUAAUAAAUGUGUAAACUGAA